AUGCUCCAAGUACAGUACGCCAACGGCUACAGCGAAAUCGGCAACAUCCGCUGGGAGAUUGCGCUCAGUUUGAUGGCCAUCUUCGCCAUUGUCUACUUUGCCCUCUGGAAAGGCGUCAAGAGCAGCGGUAAGUUCGGAAAGGUGUGUUCGACUAGAUCCGACCACUUGUCUACAGCAAAAGGCGACUACCACAAAAAUAGCGACAACACCAAAUCGUCUGAAUGUCAAGUUUUUAAUAUUAAAAGUACCCUUUCCCUCUUGCAUGUGCUGCGAUUUGAGCACCGACUAAACACACCCAAUCUUGGCGGGCAGUGGGAGUUGGUCAAGACCAAUCGGCGUGAAUUGGGACUCGAACUAAAAUUUGUGUGGAAUAGCGUUUUUGCUGGAGCUGACCACUUGACUGGCAAGUUAAUCAAAGCAAUAGACCAAGCUGUAUGGAUAACCGCGACGUUGCCAUAUGCGAUUUUGGCCAUCCUACUUGUCCGUGGACUGUUGCUUGAGGGUGCAUCCGCAGGAAUAAAGUACUACCUCACGCCACAGUUCGACAAAUUGCUUGAUCUAAAGGUAGGCCACAUGUGCGUCUGUCUAGCCACGACAACACAAAUUUCCUCAAAAUCAAGGAGAAUUAUCAACUGUUGUGACUAG